AUGUCCGGCUGGGUAGAUUGGUCAAAGACCACGCGGUCCUCCGACUACCGCGGGUCAACCUCCUUCGCAACCUUCAUGAUCAUUGGGCCAACCUGCUUCUUCCUCGGGAUCCUCUUCGCCUCGUUCCCCUACGACUUCCCCCUCCUCUGGACCUCCGCCCCCGUCCCCGAGUCCUUCUACGCCCACCUCGAGACGCACCUCAAGUUCAUGCACCAGUCCCCGCCCCUCAUCGGCCGCCUCCUCAACAUCAUCGUCUUCACCGGCUUCCUCGGCUUCUUCAUCAAGCUCUUCCGCCCCUCCGAGGCAAACGUCCUCUUCGACGGCGCCUCCCUCGUCCUCUACCUCAUCGGCGUCGGCGUCUACAUCACAAACAUCGUAAAGGGCCUGCGCUCCGUCAGCGCCGGCAUCUGGGACGACCCCAACUGGGCCGCCAACAACAACGGCGGCGACGACAACGAGGUCAUCCUCGGCAAGGAGGACAGCCUCAAGGUCCUGGCCGCGAGCAACACCAUCCUCGCGCUCGUCCUCGUCGGCGUCCUGGUGUUGCAGGCCGGGCAGUGGUACGCGGAGCGCAAGGACCGCGAGGACUUUGCCAAGCUCGAGGAGGAGGAGAACAAGAAGGGCGCGUCGUCCAAGAAGAAGCAGUGA